AUGCCUCGUCAAACAACAAGACUACCAAAGAAGAUAUCAUCUUCUAGGUCCACUUCAAUCGUGAAAAAAUCUGUUUCUUCUAACUCAUCUCCCACGUUUAAUACUUCAGACAUACUUCCCAAACCCAAUGAAGGUGAAUAUUAUGAAGAUGAUGAACAACAAACUACUAAUACUAAUACUACUACUUCUGCUAUUACAAUUACUACUGUCAAACCGAAACGAACUGCUCAAACAGAAAAAAUAUCAGAACAAAAAUCAUCUAAUCAAUUAAAGCCAAUGUUGAAAAAAACUAUUGUAUACAAACAAGCACCAUCAUUAAAUUCAUCAGAUGAAUAUUAUGAUGAUGAAAUUACAGAAACUACAUGGGUUAUUAAAUUAGGUGAUAAAAAUGUAACCGAUAAAGAUAUGCUUGAUUUUAUUAAUAGUCAAAUUAAUGGUGGAACAUUGUUACAAAAUAAUUCAACAAAACUCAAUACUACCUCCUCAGAUAAGAAUAAUAGAGAAACUGAAACAUCAUGGUUUUCAGUACCUGAAACAAAAAAUAUGAAUGAAAAAUGGAUUUCUCAAUUCCUUGAUAAUGAUAAUGAUAUAGAUAUAUCAGGAAAAAAUGGAUAUGGAAUUGCCCCAAGCAAUACAACACGUCAAUUAGUAUCUAAAAGUUUUUGGAUUUCUGAUGAUUUUGAAAAAGAAUUAAAAGAAAUGGACUUUUUAGGAAUGUUACGUAAUUCAACUGAAUUAAAUGAUAUUAUCAAUAAAAAAUUGGAUUUCUCUUCAUCAUUUAGCCUCAAUGACAAUUCAACUACAAAUAAUCAAAUAAAUUUAGAACUUUCAAUCAAUAAGUUACUCUUGGUAACAUUAUGUCUACAAAUCAUCCCAUAUGAAUGUCAAAUUAAUGUUGUUACUAAAGAAGUUGGUAACAAUGCUUUACCCAAUGAAUCAACAAAUACGUCAUCAAUUUCUAAUCCCGUGAAAUCAGUUUCACUUCAUUUUUGUCGUUCAGCAAGAGGGAUUAAUCAGUCUGAUCCGAACUCUGUACCUAAGAACACAAGUGAUGCUAGAUGUAAUAUUCCAAUUGGACAUUUAACUCCAAAAGGUCAUGAGCUUAAGUCUAUAUCCAUUAAUUUUGACGCUAAAUGUUUACCGAAACCAAAUCCAUUAUUGCAAGGUGAAAAUGUCAUCAAAGUUGUCGGACAUUCACCACAAUCAAAUGUAAUCAAUAUGAGGAAUGAAACAAAAUAUCAUUCAGCAGACAUUGCACAUAUAAAAUAUGAUCAACCUGUCAAUAUACAAGCAGUUCAUAUUCUUAUUAUAUGUGUAUUUUAUAUAAUUCUUUUCAAAUUUGUUAAUUUGAUACACUUUGUUUUACUGAAUAAUAUAAAAGGAGAAAGUGAAAACAAUGGUAACAUGAAUGUGAGAAUGAUUACACGACGUAUUAGACGUGUUUUGGGAAAAAUACAUUCAGAUAAAGCAUCUCCAGCAGAAGCUGAUAAUAAAAGAACUGUAGUGAAUAUAAAACAAAAAGACAUUACGACAGUUGACAAUGGUGAUACAUUAAAAGAUUGGAAAACUUUAAUUCGUAGAAAGAAAGAUGAUUUGAAACGUGUAUUGAUAAAACGGGUUAAAGCGAAAAAGCGAGAUGUUAAUGAACAUAAUGAAUCUUCAAAAUCUAAAGAGAGAUUUAUUGUACAAAAAAUUAGACGUCAUGUACAGAAAGAAGCAGAAGCAGCAAAGAAUCGUAUUCUUAUUAGUGAGUUGUCAUUAUUAUUUCCGUUUUUAGAAAAAAAAUAUAUAAACUUAAUCAUAUGA